AGAUUGUGUUGGCCGUGAAAGAAACGAGAUAGGUGAAAUCGCAACGGAAGAGGAUAUCUGCGAGUAAAGUUAUAAUGCAAAAUAAUAACGCGCGGCGUCGAUUAUCGUGCGCAUACAUCCCUUGUGGUCUCGCCCUUUAAUGACUUGAACCCGCUUUCACGGGCACAACUUUUUCUGCCGUUUAAAGUUAACCUAACCUCGAACGGCCCGCUCUCCGAUCGCAUAAACCGCGAUCUGCUGUCUCUCCAAGAGGCGGAACGUCGAAUCUCCGCGAUGGACGAGGACACGAAUCGACUGAGUAAACACAUGAAGCAUUCGCUGAAAACGGCGCCGAAAUCAAACGUAUUGGAAUGUCGCGUUUGCGAGGAGGUUUUUACAGUGGAUGGGGUGAAGGUACCACGUUUGCUGCACUGUGGACAUACGGUGUGCCACUCGUGCCUGUUGCGUUUGAGGACUUGCAUGUCAGAACAACAGUUUUUGCUAUGUCCCUUUGAUCGACAGCCCACUGAUGUGGGGCCUCAUGAGAACAGCGUCUACAGCCUGAAGAAGAACUUUGCACUCAUUGAACUGCUCGAACGAUUAGAACAAUCUAGCAAUCAGAAGACGCUGGUACUGGAGCGUGAAAGGCUUCAGUCGAAUCUAUCGUGCGACGAGGACGAGGCACACACUGCAGUUCUCUACUGCACUGUUUGUGCCACGCAUCUGUGUGAGACUUGUGAUACUGCCACCCACUCGUCCAAGACACUGGGCAAACACAGACGCGUGCCAUUGUCGGAAAAACCACGUGAAAAGCCUCGUUGUUCGAUACACACGGCACACGUAGCAGAGUUCACAUGUACUCAAGAAGGCUGUCACAACUCCUUGAUGUGCUAUUUAUGUAAAGAGUAUGGCAAACACAGUACACACAAGCCAGCAUUAGUCGAAGAAGAAGCAGAGAAUAUCAGGAAAUCCAUUAUCGCUGCAUUGCAAAAAAUGACUCAGUUUAUGGAAAGCAUGAGAGAUACUGCACACAAAAUAGAAAUAGUAAUCGAAGAAUUGGAAGGCUGGGCGAUCGAAGACGCGAGGAGGAGAGUACGAUAUCAUUUCGAGGAAUUACGUGCUGUUCUGGCUGAACAAGAGAAAACAGCGAUGGCGUACAUCGAAAACGAGACUCGCGGUAGACUUUGUGCACUGAGACAGCAACAAAAGGAUCUCACGACCACGAGAUCGCAAGUGGCCGGAGUGUGUAUCCAGUGCGAAAGCAUACUCGAUUCUGAAGACUGGAAGUUGCUAAGCAGCUCAGAGAAAGUCAAGGAAGUACUGGCGACACUGGAACAACAGCAGCAGCAUUAUGCCCAAUUGGGACCAGAUUUUCUUAGUCCAGAGUCCUCUAUUCCCAUUAUAUUUAGCAGAGAUAACAGGAUACAUAUUGGAACAAAGAUCGAUAUGCGCGUAGUAAUCCUGGGACUGGAUGGGGCGGGAAAAACAAGCAUUUUAUCCGCUAUGCGAGGCGUUACGCUACCAAGCCCACCAAUUCCCACUAUUGGCUUCAACGUCGAAAGCUUGGAGUACAUGAAUCUUGUAUUUACUCUCUGGGAUGUUAGUGGUCAUCAAAAGUUUAGACCACUGUGGAAGCAUUACUAUCAUAACACGCAAGCCAUUAUUUUCGUGGUUGACGCUAGCGAUAGGUCUCGCUUCGAAGAGGCGCGAAAAGAAUUAUCAAAAAUACUUUACGAACGAGAAUUGAAGGAUGCUCUACUUUUAAUCUAUGCUAAUAAACAGGACGUUUCUGGCUGUGCUAGUGUGGAAGAGCUGGUCGAUAUAUUCGGCUUGCAUAAACUUUGUUGUGCGAGAAUAUGGCACAUUCAGGGCUCGUCGUUGGUUACCAACGCCAGCGGUACGUUACAAGGUCUCGACUGGCUCUCGACUCAAUGCGUAUAGAACUUUCUUUUAUGAAAUUAUUUAUGUAUGGAAAAACUCCGAGAAGAUGCAUGUCAUGCUAAUUGGCGUUAUUUCCACACAAGGACGAAGCAGACUGAAGUUAGAUAGGUAGAUAGAAAUCACACAACACAAGUAUUUGUAUGUAUAGUCGACGUCAAAAAUGAUUUGUUUUAUUUCCCAGAAAACAAAGUCUCUAUUGUAUACCGUGCAUGUACUUGGAGAAGUACAUAAAAAAAAAGUAUCUCAAACAGUUUGACAUCGACUGUACUUUAAUUAUUAUCUCUCUGUUAUUUAUAAUAUAAAUCUUUUUUUUUAUUCGCUCUGUGAGCGUAUCUGUUAACGUAAAUGACGAAUCUAUUAUAUCGUCACAGAUCUGUUAGCUUAUCAAUUCACGAGAUAAAUCUAUUAAAUCACGCUAUACCAAAAAAGAAAAAAUAAUAAUUCGUAAGUCACGAGAUAUAGGCGUUUUGGAGAAAAAUGGCGUCAGUUUAUUUUCCGAUAUAAAAAUGGAGUUACAAGAUUAACUAUACUUGAACAUGAUACAAUAAAAUAGCGUAUAUGCAUGUAUGUACAUAUACAAUGGUAAUCGGAAGCAAUUUGCACAAUCGAUUCGUACAUAUUACUACAAAUGAUGAAAAUGGAUCAGCAACAGGAUUGGGUUUCGCGUUCGAUCGAGGUAAGCACUUGAGGCCCCACGAAAAUAAACGCCUGAGCACAUCUAGAAAAGUCUUAUUUAUUUUAUUACACGAUUAUUGAACUGCCUCUGAUACAUAAUCAUACCAGUUAUUAUCACUCAAUCACAUUUGCACACAUCUAUCAUUCUUGCGUUUUUCCCUUUUUUUUUAUAACUGGAGCGAGUUUUCU